AUGAAAGCAUGGAAGAAGCUCAAGAAGUUCUUCAAGAAGACCCAUCAAGAACCUUAUUUUCUUCAACCGCCACCAUGUCACUGUUGCUGCUCAUACUCCAGUCCAGUUCAACCCUCAGCUCCACCACUGUCACCAUGGCUGGUUCAAGACCAGACCAAUGAAGUGGGCUGCCAAUGUCACACCCGGUUCUCAUCUCAAGAAGUUGGGAAAGCGAACCACUUUUAUCCUUCAUCGGCAACUGAGACUACCCCAUUAACCUACCAGCAAUAUACAGUUCCAAAUCCUGUUUAUGGAAUGCCUGUUGUGCAGACACCGAGAAGAGAAAGGUUAGCUGGGUUCUAUGGAUUUGCUAUUAGCUUUGGUGUCAACGUAAUUCGUUGCUUCUGUCCUUGUUUUGGCAUUCGAGAAGUUGAUUAA